UGUCCAGAAAAAAAAGGAAACAGAUGGCAGUACAUUUUGUUAUUAAGAUUAGCUGCCAUCAUCAAAGCAAAUAAAGGAGGAAGAUGCUGUUCUGUUGUUUUAUCCUGUUGGCUCUAAUAUUUACGAUGGGCCAUUCUGAUUCUUGUGAUAGUAUUUCACAUUAUCAGAAGAAGCUGAAUAUUCUAAAUCUUUUGUCAUGCUGGGAUCAGGAGAAAACAGGCAAAGUAGAUGAAUACUCGCACCAUCUUAUCAAUAACAACCAACAUAGGUACAGGAGCUGCAAGGAUAUCAAAGAGUCUGACAAUAAUGCCAAAGAUGGCAUUUACACUUUAACAACUGAACAUGGAAUUACCUACCAAACAUUUUGUGACAUGACAACCAAUGGAGGAGGCUGGACAUUAGUUGCAAGUAUUCAUGAGAACAAUAUUAAUGGGAAGUGCACAAUCGGAGAUCGCUGGACCAGUCAACAGGGAAACAAUAAGAACAAUCCUGAAGGAGAUGGCAACUGGGCAAAUUAUGCCACAUUUGGGUUCCCGAAUGGAGCCACCAGUGAUGACUACAAGAACCCAGGUUAUUAUGAUAUUGUUGCUGCUAAUGUGGGCUUAUGGCAUGUCCCCAACAACACUCCGCUCCACCUGUGGAAGGACACAGCUCUUCUACGAUAUCGUACACAAAGCGGCUUCCUUACUGCCAGCGGAGGAAAUCUCUUCUCUCUGUAUAAGAAAUAUCCUGUAAAAUAUAAUACUGGAAAUUGUCCCACUGACAAUGGACCCGCUGUUCCAGUAGUUUAUGAUCAUGGGAAUGCAGAGAAAACAGUCAGCCUCUAUGGACCAAAUGUAAAAGGUGUUGUCACUGGUGGUUUUAUCCAAUUUCGAGUUUUCAAUGCUGAAAAAGCAGCAAUAGCGUUAUGUGCUGGAAUUAAAGUGAAUGGACUUUGUCAUUCAGAACAUGCCUGUAUUGGAGGUGGUGGAUAUUUUGAAGAAGCUAGUCCCAAGCAAUGUGGAGACUUUACAUCUUUAGAUUGGAGUGGUGUUGGAACACACACUGGAUGGAGCGCUAGCAAGGCUUUAAUAGAAUCUUCUGUACUUAUCUUUUACCAAUGAGUUUUCUGAUUGUCAGACUGAUUGAUGCCUCGCCAUCCUAGUCCUUGCAGACGCUGUUCAUCUAUCGAGCUAACUGCAGGUGACUUGGCAUCCCCAUGGCUCCAACACUUCCACGUGGACGCCAUUUGGUACUGCCCUAACUUUAUGGUAGGAUUAUCAUCUUGUGGGUGACCAUAUAUGAGUUCCCUCAUAUCAAGGCUCAUCUGUAUCAGUCUCAAUCAAGUGACUGAUGUUAUGUACUUGUGCACCGACCGCCCUGCACACAUACACCUGCCGCACCAGCUAGAGGUCUGCAUAUUCCCAAUAUCUGCCUACAAGAAGGAACAUAAUCUUUGGACCAUUACCUACAUUUUAAAUAAAGUCUACCUGGGCCUCUCUAUCUAAGCAUACCAGGGAAUUAUCUAUACCUCUGUCUGUCGUAUCACAACAGGAUUAUUACUCAGUGAGAUAAGUGACAGGAGAAACUAUACUCCUGCCUCCUAUGCACUUGUCCCUGAAGAGUUGUGCCGCUUUGAAAUGCGCUGCAACGGAACGUGUAGGAGAUAUGUGGCUUGAUUUUUACUAAUAUUGUAUGUAAUCACUGUACAAAAUAUAGAUGUGCUUACAAAUUCUAUACUCACCGAAUAUUUUGCAGAGGUUUUCUACAAACCAGCUAGUUAAUUACUAGUGGCUUGCUAUACACACUGCACCCGGUGCCUCCAUUCCCUCCGUAACCAGGGAGAGAUAGGAGGUUCCUGUUGCAGGUUGGCGUUCUCUAGGAAGGCCUCCCUGCAGUAACAGGUAGUGGGUCCUAAGGGACUAGAAGGGCCAGUAUAGCCUAACCCUAGUAACAGACCCAGUAUCUAGGAUCAGUUGUGUUUGUGAAAAAUAUAACUUUUUGUAUCAAUUUUUGAUAUUUUCUAAUACACGUGUGCCUAUAUUUUAAUUGCAUACCAAUAAAAGUGUGUUUUUAUGACCUAAGUGUUAUUCCUACUGUAUUGUCAGACCAUAAUAAAA